GAUUAAAAAUAAAAAAUUGAAAUUAUUCCGGAGCUAACAAAAAUAUUGCGGGAAAAAAAAAAGGAACCUUCGACUAAGCUUCCCUCCACCCACAAUCAUAAAUAAAUAACUGAAAGUCUGAAACUACUCUCUGUCCCAACAGUCUCACACUGCGCUCACGGAUAUGGAUACGGACGCUCACAAUAAUAAAUAUGCCCAUAACGGUAAGCUCCUGCUCUGCUCUGCUACUCUUCUCUUCUCCAUGAUUAUCCUCAUCAUCUUCCUCCACACCUACUCUCCCUCCUGCUUCCGCCGCCGCCGCCGCCGCCCACAACGCCGCGGUCGCCAGACUCAGCUACUCCUCCCGACUGCCACCGCCCACCCUCAAACGGCCCUCGACCCUUCUCUUUUCAAGUUCCUUCCCACCUUCAUCUACUCCAACAACACCCACCCCCACCUCCAGGAAUGUGCCGUCUGCUUGUCGGAGUUCCAAGAAGACGAGGACGGUCGCCUCCUCCCUAACUGCAACCACUGUUUUCAUACCUAUUGCAUUGAUACAUGGUUCCGCUCUCAUUCCAACUGCCCAAUAUGCCGAGCACUGGUUCAGCCUUCAACAAUCUCGCCCCAAAGAACAGAGGCGGCUGUGUCCGAAGGAGAGUUCGCUGGCUGCUCGUAUCUUCCUCCUCCGAUUUCGUGCCCGAGGAUGGAGUUCGAUUUAGAUGUGCUGGGCGUAAUAGUGGAGGCGAGUAAGGAAGAGUUGGGUCAGAACAGGAGGAGUUCGGAAUCGGGUUCACCAGGAGAGACCCGAUUGAAAAGUUCCGAUGAUGGACGAUGGAAGGGUAUUUGACUAUUUGGAGGGAGCGGGUAGCGGAAAGCCGGGGACAAUGUGGGGUUGGGGCCCAGACUGGCCCAACGAGCCAAAGGACGAAAGUGGCCUUUUCUUUGUUGAUACCGACUAAUAUUACUAUUCACGUUGCUUUAACGCUUUGUAUUCGAAAAGAAUCUGUAGGCUAAAUUAUCUGUCUUAUCUUUGUGAAUAGUCACCUUAAUAUAAUUAUGUACACGUAUUUUUUUGUGGGUUGUAAUGGCUGAGUAACUUUGAGUCUAAUCUCUAACAAUAUUAUUAGGUGUAAAAGCGUAACACUGGUCACUAGGUGUAAUAUUAUUUGGAUGAUUUAUAUUAUGCCCCUUUGAAUGUGA